ACAUCCCAACUAUCAUACUUUCUUCUUCUCCCCAUCUCCUUCGUUUCUUAACUCUCUCUCUCUCUACUCUUUGCUAUCUUUCUCUCUCUUUCAUGGUUUGCAGUUCUUAUUCUGCUCGACCAAGUUUGUUGCUUUUAGCAUAAUUUGAGGGUUAAUUCCCCAUAAAUUCUUACUUUGUCUUGUUCCUGUGUCGGUUUAGGUUUUCAAGAAAAACUCUCUUUUGUCUUGUCUCCUCAAAAUCAGUGGUUUAUUCUCCAUAAUAAAAGAGGGUUUAACUCAAAUCCUGUCUCUCUCUUUCUCUAUAUAUUCUUCUCACUCGGAAAUGAUCAGAAGAGCUUUGUUAUUAUCUCUUCACCUACACACAUACGCAUAAGGGAAAGUUUGUCAAAAGGAACUAGGGAUCAAGAUGAGCAAGAGUAAUCAUGCUGGUUCGGUGACGGGUUCUGAUAUAAUAGAUGCAAAGAUCGAAGAACAUCAACUUUGUGGAUCCAAGAAGUGUCCCAGCUGCGGCCACAAGCUCGAGGGGAAACCACAGGAUUGGGUUGGUUUACCCGCAGGAGUGAAAUUUGACCCAACAGAUCAGGAAUUGAUGGAACAUUUAGAGGCAAAAGUCUUAGUUAAAGAUAUUAAAUCACACCCUCUCAUUGACGAAUUCAUCCCCACCAUUGAAGGAGAAGACGGCAUUUGCUACACUCACCCCGAGAAACUUCCCGGAGUGACUAGAGAUGGUUUAAGCAGACACUUCUUUCAUAGACCAUCAAAGGCGUAUACGACGGGAACAAGAAAGCGAAGGAAGAUUCAAACGGAAUGUGACAAUAAUAUGCAAGGGAGUGGUAGCUCCGGUGAGACGAGGUGGCACAAGACCGGUAAGACAAGACCAGUUAUGGUAAACGGUAAGCAAAAAGGUUGUAAGAAGAUAUUGGUUUUAUAUACCAAUUUUGGUAAGAAUCGAAAACCGGAGAAAACCAAUUGGGUAAUGCAUCAAUAUCAUCUGGGGACACAUGAGGAAGAGAAAGAAGGAGAGCUUGUUGUGUCUAAGAUCUUUUAUCAGACUCAACCUAGGCAAUGCAAUUGGUCGUCUACGUCGAGCUUGAACGCUAUAGGCGGCGGAUCCGGUGAAGUGAAUAGAGGUGGAGGCGGCGGAGAGUAUCAUAUGAGGAGAGAUAGUGGGACUAUUAGUGGUGGGAGUUGUUCUUCCUCUAGAGAGAUUAUGAAUGCCAAUCAUACAAACCGAUCUGAUGAAGUAGGUGGCGUUGGUGGUGGCGUUGUGGCUGUACCGACUGCCACUACGGCGGUGCCGGCUGGUCUCCCGAGUUAUGCAAUGGAUCAACUUAGCUUUGUUCCCUUUAUGAAGAGCUUUGAUGAGAUGGCGAGGAGGGAAACUCCUCAGACCGGGCAAGCUACAUGUGAAGAUGUUAUGGUAGAACAACAUCGUCUUCGUCAUCAUCAUCAUCAUGAAUCACCCUCAGCAACAUCACAUCGGGGGGCUCAUGAUCAUCAUCAUCCUCAACAUCAUCAGCAACAACAACGGCAUCAUGCAUUCAACAUAAGCCAGCCUACACAUCCAAUAUCAACCAUCAUUUCUCCAUCCACGUCGCUUCACCAUGCCUCCGCUAAUAUCCUUGACGAUAAUCCUUAUCAUGUUCAUAGAAUCUUGCUCCCUGAUGAAAAUUACCAGAUCCAACAACAACAUCAAGAAGGAGAAGAAGAACAUAAUGAUGGGAAGAUGGGAGGAAGGUCAGCUUCUGGACUGGAAGAACUCAUAAUGGGCUGCACUUCUUCUACCACUCAUCAUGAUGUAAAAGAUGGAUCAUCAUCAAUGGGGAACCAACAAGAAGCAGAAUGGUUGAAGUACUCAACGUUUUGGCCAGCCCCUGGCUCUUCUGACAAUCAAGAUCAUCAUGGGUAAUUGUGCAUUUUUCCAAUCUGAUGAUCAUGACCCACAUCACAAAAGGUCGUUACCAUCAAUAUCUAUCAUGAUGGUCAUGUCGUCAUCAUCUUCAUGAAAUCUCCAUAUCUAUCGAUCUUGGAUCAGCCAAGUUAUAUAUGAAUGAUUUUUACAUGGUGAAGGGGUUUUACAUAUCACCAAAAAUCUAGUGUUUUUGUCUGUUAUAUAUGCAAAAGGAUUUUGAUAUAAAAGAAUUUAAAAAGGGGAGUGAAAAAGAAAUCAAAGUAAAAAAGCAUGAGAAAAAGCUGUUAUAUUCCAAGAGAAGAAGAAAAAGCAAAGAAAAUUGCAUGAAAAUCAUCAAUAGUGCCAUAUAAAAUUAGAGAUUCAAUAUGUCCAUUAUAUGUUUAUUUUAAAUUUCAUUUCUUCUGUUAUUUGAAUUUUCUUCGUAUGUCUUUUUCUUUGUUUUGUUAUUUAGGAUGAACUUUAUAGUUUAUUGUAAUCUUU